AUGGACCCGAAGGAUACCCUCGGUGUGGGUAGAUUGCACCAUCACAUUGGGAUGCUCAGUCAGAACGUAAAGGGCGAUGAGCUUAGGACAGUGUACCAUUUCGUGAAGAGGAUACGAGGAUUGAUAAAAUGGGGUUUCGGCUUGAUUGCUAACCAUCCAUUCGAUACGGGCCGUGACACCAUGCUCGAGUUCUUCUCGCCUUCGAUGCAACAAAACCUAUCGUCUCCUACUUCGCCCGCUACAGUACUCUUCCUCCAUGUCAUCGGCUUGCUCUUCACGCGAAUUGAUCUGGACCAAGUUCAUCCCAACCUCAGCCGGUUCAUCGAGCGUCUGGAACUCGACGAGUUCGCUGUGGCGGAGCACGAAUGGAUCACGAUGGCUAUUCUGGGUGUCGGGAGUAUAUUCGAGUUCGGGAGGCUGGACGCCAAAGUACGCAAAGCGGGUAGUUUA